UAUCUCAAGUAUGUAACACCAAUAUCUACGCCACAAAUUAAUGUGAGAUCGAAAUCAAACCUCCUCCAACUGGGAUGGCGCCACGUGUCAGCACAUUGUCAGCUGCUUAUCUGCUAUCUCUUCAAGAAAAAAAAAAUACAGUUAACUUGCUUCAAAUCCAGUUACCAGGGAACUCGAAAACAUCAUUAAUUUUCUCGCAAUAAAUCAAGCAUGGAAGCUGGUAUGGCAUGCUGCGCACGUGUGGCAAUCUUGCCCAAUGUCUCCUCGCAGCAAUAUUCAGCUGCGCUGCCAUCGCCGCGCUCCGUUUAUCCAUCUUUUAGCUCCAAGAGCUCGAAAGGGAGCUCCAUAUUCGGAGAGUCGCUGCGCGUGGCGCCACGAUCGUCGAUGAAGGCGUCGAAGGGGAAGAGUUCUUCUUCCUCCGUUGUGACGACUAAGUGUGAGAUUGGAGACAGUCUGGAAGAAUUUCUGGAGAAAUCGACGUCGGAUAAGGGGCUGAUUAGGCUGAUGGUGUGCAUGGGAGAGGCGCUGCGCACGAUCGCAUUCAAAGUUAGAACAGCUUCUUGCGGCGGAACCGCCUGCGUCAACUCUUUCGGCGACGAGCAGCUUGCUGUUGAUAUGCUUGCUAACAAGCUUCUUUUUGAGGCAUUGCAAUACUCUCACUUCUGCAAGUAUGCUUGCUCCGAGGAAGUCCCGGAGCUCCAAGACAUGGGAGGCCCUGUCGAAGGAGGAUUCAGUGUUGCCUUUGAUCCACUCGAUGGCUCCAGCAUUGUGGACACAAACUUCACAGUUGGCACCAUCUUUGGAGUCUGGCCCGGCGACAAGCUCACCGGAGUCACCGGAGCUCAGCAAGUUGCUGCCGCCAUGGGAAUCUUCGGGCCGAGAACUACUUAUGUUCUUGCCCUUAAGGACUGCCCAGGAACACAUGAAUUCCUCCUACUUGAUGAAGGAAAAUGGCAGCAUGUGAAAGACACAACAUCAAUUUCAGAGGGGAAGAUGUUUUCACCUGGUAAUCUGAGGGCUACCUUUGACAAUGCAGAGUAUGCCAAGCUGAUCGACUACUACGUGCGCGAGAAAUACACCUUGAGAUACACUGGAGGAAUGGUGCCUGAUGUGAAUCAGAUCAUUGUGAAGGAGAAGGGGAUUUUCACAAAUGUGAUAUCACCAACUGCCAAGGCCAAGCUGAGGUUGCUGUUUGAGGUGGCUCCUCUGGGGUUCUUGAUUGAGAAGGCGGGAGGGUUCAGCAGCGAUGGCAAGCAAUCCGUGCUGGACAAGGAGAUCAUCGGUCUUGAUGACCGGACUCAAGUCGCCUAUGGAUCCAAGAAUGAGAUCAUCCGGUUCGAGGAAACUCUCUAUGGAUCCUCCAGACUCAAGGCUGCUGAACCCGUUGGAGCUGCUGCUUGAGCACGUUGGCCUCAUCGCGUUUCUGCUUCCUCUUUUCUUGCCUAGUUAGAGCAAGAUGCUUUUGUACACAGAUUCUCAUAGAAGCUAUGUCUCUUGAUGAAAAAUUGAAGAUGCAAAUAUAUCUUGAUCAUGAGUUCCCAUAUUCAAGAAAA